AUGACCUCCUCAAAACCGGCCGAGCACAACAACAUCCCCUCCUGCUUUACAGACACCCACGGCUUAAUAACCGCUACAACAACGACGUACAAAACAAUAGAGACGGUCUCCGUACUUACUGUCAGAACGCGCAGCUGGGACGCAGGUCUCGGCGCGAUCGUUCGGCCCACCGUUGGCGGCGAGAUGCGGCCGUUUAUGACGCGUAUGUAUAGAGCGCACAAUGAAGCUGUGGAACGGCUGGUGGGUGAGUGUAUGGGUCGUAGAAAUGCGGCUGUGGCGAUGCGCUUUGAUAUAGCGAGCUUUGAGGCUUGUGUGCACGUUUGUGCUUAUGAGACUGUUUGUCGGGUUGAGAGGGAUGGGGAGAGGGAGGGGGAGGACGACGCGGCAAGGGGUGGUGGUGAUGAGGAUAUUCAACCUGUGGUCUGA